UCAGUUUUCCCGCAUGCGUAUGGCAAGUCGCCGAGGGAUGGAGCCACGGGCAUGGGUAUCGCGCAGCGGAGUGUCGGGUGAAAAGCGCGUGGCCACAGCGGACUGCAGUGAGUCAUGACUCACCUGUGCGCGCACCUGUUUGGAUAACAUUUGGACCCCGCUUAAGAUUCUGAAGCGUAAGGUGGACGAGGGAGGGUAGAACUCAAAUCUUACUGGGUCGUGGUAGUGAGAGAUGAACAAAAACCGCCGUGUGGCGAAUAAUCAAGUUCUGAACACCGUGGAAGUAAAAAGCAAGUUUGGAGCUGAGUUCCGGCGGUUUUCCCUGGAGCGCUCAGUGCUGAGCCACUUCCAUGAGUUCCUCGUGCUCUUGCAGCAUGUGCACCUCCUCACCCCCGACGAGGACUUGCUGGUGAAGUACGCCGACCCCCAGGGGCUUCUGCUGCCUAUUAACAAUGACGGCAAUUACCACAAAGCCAUUUCCUCUGCCCGACCUCUGCUGCGCUUAUUCAUACAGAGGAAAGAGGAAGCAGACCAGUACAUGUUUGUCACGGACGCACCCACAUGGAAGAAAAGGGCCCUGGCCACAGUGUUUUCACAGGGUCCAAAGCUCCAGAAGCAUGGUGUGGUCAUUAGCCAGCCUCGGGACUUCCGGCCAGUGUCCUCAGUGGUGGAUGUGGACGUGCUGCCCGAGUGGAUGCGGCGCGUUCGGCUGCAUCGGCGUGGCUCCGACCGCCCACUGGGCUUCUACAUCCGCGACGGCACCACCAUGCGGCUCACCCCCCAGGGCCCCGAGAGGGUCCCAGGCGUGUUCAUCUCGCGCGUGGUGCCGGGCGGUCUGGCCGAGAGCACCGGGCUGCUCGGCGUCAACGACGAGGUGCUGGAGGUCAAUGGCGUUCCAGUGGCGGGCAAAUCUCUCAACCAGGUGACCGACAUGAUGAUCGCGAACAGCCACAACCUAAUCGUGACGGUCAUGCCUGCCAACCAGAGCUACAACGUGGUGCGGGCCCCUGCAGCCGACUCCAGGAGACCCCUUGGCACAUAUCAGAACUUCCUCCUUGAGGAAAAGGAGGAGGAAGAUGAGAAGAGUGAGCUAGAGAAGGAAGAGGAGGAGGAAAGCGAGGAGGAAGACUUGGUGGUGGAGGCAGGGUGGUAUUCGAGACCUGUCCCUCGCUAUGAGCUGCACAUGGGCCUGAAGCAGAGUGGGCCAGUGGGCCCCAGCAGCAGCCUGGGCUCUCUAAGCAUAUCAGACAGUGAGCAAGGAGAGUUAGAGGAAAGCAGCCUGGAAGAGGAGGGGACAGUACUGACACUAUAGUCGCACACAGACAGGCGGAGAACAAAAACUCUAAUCCUGUCAACACAACUGUGAAGUUCACAAUACUCAUAAUAAUGCUAACAGACCCUGUACUGUACCACCAAAACAAUUCACCUGGAGAAUGAAUGCACACCCCCCACCCCUCCUCAAAGUCAUGUCUAAUUUUAAUCAAACUUGAUCUUACUCCUCAAAAUAUAAUUUUAUAUUGUUUGGUGAUACUGCUCUUGUUUGAAAUAUCUAAUAAUAACUGAAUGACUGACUGAUUCUGAAUGAGAAUGAAGUGAUGAAAAGUUACCAUCAGGUAUUUUUAAUAAAAAAUCAUUUUAAUUAUUUUAUAAGUACUUCUAUAAUCACUAGCGUAUAGCAAAACAAUCCGCACGUUUUAGUGACCGUGUAUAGACAUCAAAACAAAUGUUUCCAUGUUCAACUGCCUGUUGAUUUUUAACAAAUCAUAAUUCAGUGUUCAAAAUCGAGAAGGUACUAUUUAGAGUUGGGUAUAUGAAUAGAUAUCGCUGUAUUGUGGCUUUUCAUAAUUAUCCCUGAUGCUAUAUCUGUUCAUUUUUCUCACUUAAAUAUUUUUAACAUAUGAGCAUUUUCUUAUAUACUUAGAUGAGCCUUGUUUUGUUUUCAAUAUUAAUUAUAUGAUUUUAAGCCUUGGAAACUGGGCAUUCACUUGCGGUGCUAAUUUUUUUACAUUGUAAUCUUUCAAAACACUGGGCUCUACCUUUUCAAAUUAAUACCAUCGGUUCUUUGACCAUGCAACACAAUCAUAUAAACAACCAGGUCCGAUGUUUCAUGUUCUUUUCAUUACUGACGAAGGCCUAAUUCCGAAUCUGAAAUAGAUUAUUGUUUAUGUAGUAAUUUAAAGAGAAUUGUAAUGAGCAAACACCUGGUAGGACAUAAUGGAAAAGGAUUCAUCAGAAUGCGGAAGAUGUAAUUUAACCUCUAAUUGUUUUAUGUCAUGCAAUCUGAGUGUAUGCCACUGUGUAUUUUUUUUUAUCCUUGCCUUGUUUAACGAAGGUGGAGAACAUUCUUUCAGUCUCCACCUAGUUUCACUUGACUUCCAAUAGCAUGGGUCUAUUUGUCAUCAUUAAUAUUAGUUAACAUACCAUUGGAAGGACUUUUCAUCCAAUCACAAUGCUUCGAUCUUGAAAACACAGGCUUUCAGAUGGGUAAUGCAAUGGAUACAUUGGCAUAUUUUGAUAUUCAGAGUAACUAUACACAUAUACAUUGGCUAUUUACUUCCUACUUACUCCCAUUUACUUCCUACUUUAUUAUAAAUGAAAGAUCAUAUAGCAUUUAGUAUGUGAUUCUUUAAUUUACACCUUCAGUCGUGCAUCCACAGUGCCCGUCCCAUUUAGUACCACAGAGAGGUUACUGUCAGUUGGAAAGGUGAUGCGUAUUUUUGCUGGAAACCAGUGACCCAUCAGAGCAUGAGACAUCAGAAGAAAGAGAGCAGGCUGACAUCACACGUUAAUCUCCCAACCUACCGGUCUUUGGUUCUGAAUGUUGUGGACAGCAAUGUGAGGAUGUAUCGGUACAAAAUUCUUGUUUUUAAAAAUGUUGUUGUGACAAGUCAAGAUAUGAAUAAAAUGUCUGGUGCAGCAUAUUUUAAAUAUAAAAAGUUUUAUAGGUAAAUAUUUUAUGAAAUCAAUAUUGUGAAUAUCUUCCACAUGAAAUAUUACUCGAGAUAUUUAUAUGUAGAUUUUAGAGAAACUGAUUUUUAUGUGAAAUAUUUUGAGAUAAUGUAAUUAAUUUAUAUAUUUGAUACAAAUUUCUGACAAAAUCUGUACGCUCCAAAUGGUUCCUUAAGAUGUAUA